AUGUGUUGUGGAGGAAGCAAAGGCCCCAAAUGGAAGCGAGAAGUAGUAAAGGAUCACAAGUUUGAUUAUAUUGAUAUCAAUGAAUUCUACGAUCCCUCUUGUCCAGCACGAACUAGCUACAUGUUUAUGUACAUCUUAAUGAUAAAGGGCUUUCUGGUCUAUGUGGCAGAUUUGUGGACAGCAGUUUCGCUACUUGUCAUUGGCAAUUCAAGUAUCAAUGCAGAUGCGUCCAUCCCACCCGACGUUGCAAAGUGGAUUUUCUUGGGCGCAAUCAUGAUUUCAUUUGUGCUUUUGUUUUGGGACAUUAGGAAAUCAAGAGGAAUAGUCGAAUCGAGAGAUAUUUCGCUGGCCUUCUUUUCAGUCAUUGCCAAUCGAUGGUACUCGGUCAAGGAUUACAAAUACUUUUGCUUGUUUGGUAAAAUUAACCGCUCAAGAAAGCAAAUUGACUCUAUUGCGUUUUUCGUUUUUUUCACUUUGAAAGGUUGGAAAAAACUGCUUUUGGCAGAAGCACCUCGACAAGUAAUUAACGUUGUUACACUUAAAACGAUCAUACCCGCAUGGAUUCAAAUUAACAAUGGGUUGAAGAUAUCAAACGACGGUUUGGGAAGAAACACGGUUCAACGAAUCAUGACAGGCACCAUGAUCUUCUCUACUGCUGUAUUUGCAGUCUCGUUUAUAUUACUUUGCGCUGCUGCCAUCAUUUAUAUUCCCGUUUUGUGUCAUAUUCAAGGUAAUCUCAAGGAGUACUGCUGCCACAAAGUAGAUAAAAGGAUUGAAGAGCUGUUGAAGAAGCAAGCAAAGAAGAGAAUAGAAAAGAACAAAAAAGCUGAUCAAUACAGCCAUCAUCACCACCAAAAGAAAUCCUCAAAGAAGGACAGUAUUGAAAUGGAAUCACUACCUCAACCAACUCUACCUAAAGUGGGUAUGAAUAGUUUAUCUGUGAAUAACUAUUAUCCUCAUCAGCAAGCACCUAGACAGCAUUAUCAACAACACCAGCAACAACCCAGCUUCACAGGAAGCGUAAAUAAUAAUCCUGGCAGGCCAAAUUAUUACCCACAAGUAUCCUCCUCCAAUUCAAGCACUCUUAUGGGAUCGCAAUUUACAAGACGAAAUAGUUUAUCAUCUGUUGGCAGUGAUCAAGUAGGUCUGACUUCACAUGCCCAAGGUCAGCCAUGGUCGUCAACACCAUACUACCAGAGCAAUGGAAGUCAUAAUGGAAGCAGUAGUAAUCUGUCAUAUAGUAUUCAGCAUCAGCAAUACCAGCAGCCGUACCCACAAUACAACAAUUAUCACCAGCAGCACCAACAGCACCAAAACUAUUAUUGA